GAGGCAGGGAGAGGUGACAAGGCCUGGGUCCAUGGCAGAGCCUACAACAGCCCAUGGGUUUAGACCCAGCCUGCCCCACUUGAGACACAGAAGGGGGGGGUGUUUCUCUCCUGGGUCUGCCUUCAGAUCUGACCGCUCAGGACCUGUGCUGUGCAUUCACACAGGAGUGGGGAACAGCCCCAUAUCCAGGCCAUUUUUGUGGGAAAGUGUAAGGCAAGGCAGGAGCUGGAGGGGAGACCCCAUGGCCGGGGGAGCAGGGGCAUCCAGGCCCAGGACCAGAGCUUAGGCCUGGGGGCGGGGCUGGGAGCCUCCACUUCCUCCUCCUCCCUUCCAGCCCUGGUCUGUGGCCUCAUCGUGCAGCUCAGAAAGGGGAAAUUCUUGCGUUUAAAGUCCAGCAGGUGAAAGGUCGGGGCCAGGGCAUCUGAGUCCUUCGGCAGUGACCAGAGACAGGAGACAUGAAGAGGACCAGAGGGAGCCUUGAGGCCUGGGGGAGCCUGGUGCUGCUGGGCCUGUGCAGCUGGACAGGGUCCUGGGCAACUGUCCCCAAGCCCGUCAGAAACCUGAGCGUGAAGGACCAGACCAACAGCUCCAUCACCCUGGGUUGGACAGAGCCAGAUGGCACGGCCUCUCAGCACUACCUGUACAGGAUCCAAUGGGAGGGUACCGGCACACCUGGGAACAAAAGCACGGACAACACCAGCGUCCUUGUGGACGGACUGCAGCCCGGGUCCUGGUACCAGUUUGCCGUGUGGGUGGAGCUAAAUGGAACCCGCAGCUCCCAGGAGACUUGCAAUGUCAGCACAGUUCCCAAUGUAGUGACAAGUCUCAGGAUACAGAACCGGACCAACAGCUCCCUCACCUUGAGCUGGACAGCUCCCGUGGGCCCAGAUCAUCCUUCCUACACCUACUGGGUCUCGUGGGUCAUAGAGGGCACUAUGGUCAUUAACACUCAGGAUACCAGGGUCUCUAACACUUCGGAUACGAGGAUCACACUGGAGCAGCUGGAAGCUGGGAGCUUGUACACCUUCACUGUCCAGGCGGAGAGGAAUGGGGUCAGCAGUGACAUCAGGACACUCACAGAAGCCACUGCUCCCAACAGGGUCAUGGAUCUGCACAAGGAAGCUCAGACCAAUAGCUCUAUCACCCUGCGAUGGAAGUCCCCCACAGACCCCCACUCUCAGGCAUACACAUACUGGAUCCAGUGGGCUGCUGGGGAACAUCCCCAAGGAGACCAUGACCCCCGAGGACAUCAGGCCAACCAGACACGAGAGACGAAUCAUACCUACUAUGAGGUUCAGGCCCUGGAACCCGGGACUCUGUACAACUUCAGCGUGUGGGCAGAGAGGAGCAACGUGGCCAGUUCUGCACAGGGCCUCCUUGAAUCCACAGCCCCAAGCCCGGUCACCAUCACCUCCUGCAUCAGCAUCUCUGGGGGCCACGGGGUCAUCUUGACCUGGUCCUGCCCCCGAGGAGGCUAUGAGGCCUUUGAGUUGCAGGUGGGUGAACAGCAGGACUCUCAGAACAGGUCGUCCUGUGGGAAGAGGGUGUCUGUGUGGGGUCUCUGGCCGGCCCAGUCCUACCCAGCCAUUGUCACGACCAUCUGGGAUGGAAUGAGGGCCCCGUCUGCCUCUGUGACCUGUCGCACCGAGAACUCAGGGGUCAUUGUGGGAGCCAUUGUUGGUGUCACCCUGUUUCUCAUCCCCGUGGGUCUGCUGAUUUUCUUCCUGAAGAAGAGGCACGAGAAGAGCCAGAGGGAACCAGCACCCAGGGGUCUGGUCUUCAGCUUCUCAGAGGACAUCCUGGCGGAAGACUUUGCUGACCAUGUCAGGAAAAAUGAGAAGGACAGCAAUUUUGGCUUUGAGGAGGAGUACCAGCAAUUGGCUCUGGAGACCUACAGCCAGUCUCAAACAGUGGCCCUGGCUCCUGAAAACAGCGCCAAGAACCGUUACAGAAACGUGCUCCCCUAUGACUGGUCCCGUGUGCCCCUGAAAGCCAUCCAGGAGGAACCAGGCUCUGACUACAUCAACGCCAGCUUCAUGCCUGGUCUCGAGAACCCCCAGGAGUUCAUCGCAACCCAGGGCCCCCUGCCCCAGACGGUGGGUGACUUCUGGCGCCUGGUGUGGGAGCAGCAGAGCCGCACCCUCGUCAUGCUGACCAACUGUGUGGAAUCUGGCCAAGUGAAGUGUGAACAUUACUGGCCUCUUGACGCCAAGCCCUGCACACAUGGGCACCUCCAAGUGACGCUGGAGGGUGAGGAGGUGCUGGAGGACUGGACAGUCCGAGACCUGACGCUCCAGCACAUGCAAGAGCAGAAAACGCUGCCUGUGCGACAGUUCCAUUACAUGACUUGGCCAGACCAUGGCGUCCCCCACUCCACAGACCCCAUGCUGGCCUUCCGGAAGGUGCUGCGGCAGUGGCUGGACCAGACCGCGGAGGGAGGCCCCCCCAUUGUGCACUGCAGUGCUGGUGUGGGCCGCACGGGUACCCUCAUUGCCCUGGACGUCCUACUGAGGCAGCUGGACCGGGAUCAACGUGUGGGGCCCUUCAGCUACGUGCAGAAGAUGAGGGAAAGCCGGCCUCUGAUGGUGCAGACUGAGGCCCAGUAUGUCUUCCUGCACCACUGCAUCCUACGGUUUCUCCAGCAGUCAGGCCGAGUCCCAACAGACAAUGGGGUUGCAUAUGAGAACCCGCUGUAUGAGAAUGUCUGAGCCUCAAGAGGGCUGAGAUGCCAGACCGGCUAGACUCGAAGUCUGGACCCCCACUUCAGCCCAGGUUCCUGGAGUCCUGGGACAGCACAGGGCUGGGGUCCCAGACUCUGGGGUCUUGCAGGGGGAGAAGAGGCCUGGCAGCCUAAACUAUUUCCAUGGAGGAUGAAGGACAGGUGGGAGCAGGUAUCCUGGUUAUCCAAGUAUUCAUGUAUCCUGGACUUCCUCUGAGGAAGGACGGAUGGGAGCUAGGAUUUCCUUCUUCUUUGAUGGAGGAGGAGACUGGGGGCUCAGGCUGCAGGGUCUUUGAGAAAGAAGAUGGAUUCUGAGGAAGGAAGAAAUUAGAGUCUGGAAUUCUAGUGACCCCAGGAGCAAGGGCAGGCAGGAUCGACCCAGAAACCAAAUCAGGCUCCUAGUAUCUGAGAUUUCCCUGCACCCCACUGCUUGUACAUAUUUUCUCUUCUAUCCCAUAAUUUAUUAAAUCACUAUUCUCUCCA